AAAAGGGAAGGUGAAUAAAGCUAAUCUUACCGGAUCGAUCAGGUGAUCGUUUAUGCAGCAGUCAGAAGGGGAGAUGGCUCGGCAGUGUGCUGGCAGCAAAGCCAUUUCUAGCCACUGUCCCUCCGUGACUGUGCAGCGAUCAGAGGGAGGUGCGCGCCUGGCUGCCGGCCUGGCUCCCGGGGACGGUCUGCACGCUGGAGGCUGCUGCGACCCCACUUACAGCAGGGCUUCGGGCUUCGCAGGGAGAUGAGUUGCCCGGAGUGACCAGCGGCAGGAAUCGCCGGGGAAGCGGGACCCGGGAAGCCUGUGCAGCCACCUCCUCUUGCCAGAUCUCUGGGUCCCAGCCCAAACCACCAAGCACAGAGACCUCCAAGUGCCCAGAGACUGUGCCGCAGCCCGAUGCUCAGUCCUCCCGGUCCCUCACCAUCCCCCUCCCAGGAAAAGCACAUCACUGACGCUUUGGUCAUCACAGUGCGAUCUGUGCUGUGGUUUAUUUGGGGUGCUGGUUGUGAUGAGUUUCCUCCCUCAGUUGCGGACAGUGAAGGGAAAUCCUAGUGAGAUGCGCUGGUGGAAUACUAUUAAUCCUAAUAAUCGUGCUCCCAGAGCAGGUAACUCUUAAAGAACUGAGACUGGGAAGAGGAGAGGAUUUCUGAAGCGGUGCCCUCUUCAAUUCUCAUUGGAUCCUCCCCAGGAGCCUCAGAGAUGCUUGCCGCUCUAUCUAUCAGGAUGACUACAGCCUUGCUCACUAGUUCCCUUUAUCUCGGUGUCUACAAUACAUCCGUUUACUUCUCCUUGCAGAUUUAUCUGUAUUCCACCUCCUGUCCCUCACUGUGUAGGGAUACACGUCCUAUAAAUCUUCACUUUGCCUAAGGACCACCACAAAUAAGCCCUCUCACCACCACAACACCCAGCUCCAAAUAAAAGCUUCUCCUUACAUUUUGUUUCCUUUCUUGGGGCUCCCAGCUGCCCGUGCCACUGGUUUUCUCUUGGUUACAUGCCACCAGGAACUGCUGAUUAUUUCAAAGUCCUGCUAUCCUGCAGAGCACUGCUUUACCUUGAUUUUGAAGACCAUGGAAUAUCUGUUUGAAUCUUGGAUGUAUUUUUCUCACAGUCAUCUUGCUUCCUGAAAUUUCUUCUGGUGUUGAGGAAAGCUGAGAGCAUGAAGGCUGCCAAUCCCCAGUGGAAGCAUGGUAUGGCGGAGCAGAGCUGGUGCUGAACUCUUCUCUCCGAUGGCUCUAUGGGAGUGGAUAGCACUGAGUCUUCAUUGCUGGGUGUUAGCAGUUGCGACUCUGUCGGAUCAGCAUGCCACAAGCCCCUUCGACUGGCUCCUCUCUGAUAAGGGACCUUUCCAUCGCUCACAGGAAUACACUGACUUUGUGGACAGAAGCCGGCAGGGAUUUAGCACAAGAUACAAGAUAUACAGAGAGUUUGGCCGCUGGAAAGUAAAUAACCUUGCAGUUGAAAGAAGAAAUUUCCUUGGCUCCCCUCUGCCUCUUGCCCCUGAAUUCUUCCGCAACAUAAGACUUUUGGGACGUCGACCUACCCUUCAGCAAAUCACAGAAAAUCUUAUCAAGAAAUAUGGGACUCAUUUCUUGCUAUCUGCUACGCUGGGAGGAGAGGAGUCACUCACAAUUUUUGUGGACAAGCGCAAGCUGAGCAAACGAUCAGAAGGAAGUGAUUCCACCACCAAUAGCUCAUCUGUCACUCUGGAAACCCUACAUCAACUAGCUGCUUCCUAUUUCAUUGACAGGGACAGUACCCUGCGGAGACUUCACCACAUUCAAAUUGCAUCUACUGCCAUAAAGGUAACAGAAACACGGACUGGUCCUCUUGGCUGCAGUAACUAUGACAACCUAGAUUCUGUCAGUUCUGUUCUGGUUCAGAGUCCUGAGAAUAAGAUCCAGUUGCAAGGGCUUCAAGUCCUCCUUCCAGACUAUCUUCAGGAGCGUUUUGUACAAGCAGCCUUGAGCUACAUUGCCUGCAAUUCAGAGGGAGAGUUUAUCUGUAAGGAUAAUGACUGCUGGUGUCAAUGUGGUCCCAGGUUUCCAGAGUGCAACUGCCCCUCCAUGGACAUCCAAGCCAUGGAAGAGAAUCUCCUUCGCAUAACUGAAACCUGGAAAGCCUACAACAGUGACUUUGAGGAAUCAGAUGAAUUCAAGUUCUUUAUGAAAAGACUACCUAUGAAUUACUUCCUCAACACAUCGACAAUAAUGCACCUGUGGACAAUGGAUUCUAAUUUUCAGCGCCGAUAUGAACAACUGGAGAACAGCAUGAAACAACUUUUCCUAAAGGCACAGAAAAUUGUACAUAAGCUCUUUAGCCUCAGCAAGAGGUGUCAUAAACAACCACUCAUCAGCCUGCCACGACAAAGAACGUCAACCUACUGGCUCAACCGCAUCCAGUCUUUUCUCUACUGCAACGAGAAUGGCCUGUUGGGCAGCUUUUCCGAAGAGACGCACUCCUGCACCUGUCCAAACGACCAGGUGGUCUGCACUGCCUUCCUGCCCUGCACUGUAGGCGACGCCUCCGCCUGCCUGACCUGCGCACCUGACAACCGCACCCGCUGUGGCACCUGCAACACUGGCUACAUGCUAAGCCAGGGGCUCUGCAAGCCUGAAGUCGCAGAGUCCACUGAUCACUACAUUGGCUUUGAGACUGACUUGCAAGAUCUGGAGAUGAAAUACCUGCUGCAGAAAGCAGAUAGACGAAUCGAAGUCCAUGCCAUUUUUAUUAGCAACGAUAUGCGCCUCAAUAGCUGGUUUGACCCUUCUUGGCGCAAGCGGAUGCUCCUCACCUUGAAGAGUAACAAAUACAAGUCAAGUCUAGUCCAUAUGAUCCUGGGGAUUUCUUUGCAGAUUUGCUUAACUAAAAAUAGCACCUUGGAGCCAGUGUUGGCUAUUUAUGUAAAUCCAUUUGGGGGCAGUCACUCAGAGAGCUGGUUCAUGCCUGUGAAUGAAAACAGCUUUCCAGACUGGGAACGGACUAAGCUGGACCUCCCUCUGCAGUGUUAUAAUUGGACACUGACUCUGGGGAACAAAUGGAAGACAUUUUUUGAGACAGUACACAUCUACCUGAGGAGUCGCAUCAAGUCCAGUGGCCCAAAUGGCAAUGAGAGCAUUUACUACGAACCUUUGGAGUUUAUUGAUCCUUCGCGGAACCUGGGUUACAUGAAAAUCAACAACAUCCAAGUAUUUGGCUACAGCAUGCACUUUGACCCUGAAGCAAUUCGGGACCUGAUUUUGCAACUGGACUACCCCUAUACUCAGGGAUCCCAGGACUCAGCACUUUUGCAACUUCUAGAAAUAAGAGACCGUGUAAAUAAACUCUCCCCACCUGGUCAGCGUCGUCUAGAUCUUUUCUCUUGCUUGCUCCGUCAUAGACUCAAGCUCUCUACUAGUGAGGUGGUGAGGAUCCUGUCCGCUCUGCAGGCGUUUAAUGCCAAAUUGCCAAACACAAUGGAUUACGACACGACCAAAUUAUGUAGUUAACCGUAAUUGUCAAGCACAACCCAAAAUCUUGAAGGAGUUUUUACAGUGCUUUUGUGGAACAGUUUAUGUUUGGAAGAGUAAAUUUAAAUUGUCUUUUCAAUAUCUGUCUUAUAUCAGUCGAUAACAUUGGAUGGCAAUCUACACACAUGAACCUGCUGACAAUGAAUAUAUUAUACUGAAUUUUUGGUUUAUGAAUGAAAUAAAUACUGACACCAGUCUAGAAGACAUUCUACUUUUUACAAUAAAUUUCAUUUGUAAUUUUA